GCUGGAGCUGCCGCGGGGGCGGGCCUUCCAGUGAGGUGGAGGUGGGACGGAGAGGGAAAGCGGCGGCGGCUGAGCGCGCAGGGCCGGCCGGCGGCGGCGAGGCCCGGAACGCUGGCCUACGGAGCUCUGGGGGCGGCGGCGGCCGGACUCUAGCAGUUUUUCUGGAAACCCCCCUGGUAAGUGUCAAGGAAGAGCGACACUCUGACCCAAGACAAAAAGGCUUACAUCUUCAGCCAAAGAAAGAAAACUCAAGGGGAGGAAAGGAAGGAAAAAAGCCAUCAGCUGUCCUUGAGAACAGCCGAGUGGAAUCAUCUAAUGUGAAUGAGGAGGGGAAGGUGAAGUGACUGUAUGUGGAUUGUGGGGUCAGUAAAUCACAUGAGGCACUUGAUGUUGGGACUGGGUUAGAAACAAUUAUACUUUUAGAGAAGAGGUGAUGAGAAAUGAAAGUGAAUGUGGUCUGGAACCUGGACACGGCUUCACUCAUAGGGCUUUCCUUCAGGGGCGUUGGUGAGCUCUGACCCUGUGUUCUAUCAGCCUUUGGCACUGAGGAGUGUGACAUACUGACUGGAGCCUUGAUUUGUAUUCUGAAGAUUUAAAAACUGAAAAGAAUAAACAUUCCGGUCCUUCAGCAAUGCUUUCUCUGAAGAAAUAUUUAACAGAAGGACUCCUCCAGUUCACCAUUCUACUAAGUUUGAUUGGAGUUCGGGUGGACGUGGAUACUUACCUGAACUCGCAACUCCCUCCACUCCGGGAGAUCAUCCUGGGGCCCAGUUCUGCCUACACACAGACCCAGUUCCACAAUCUGAGGAAUACCUUGGAUGGCUAUGGGAUCCACCCCAAGAGUGUAGACCUGGACUAUUACUUCACAGCCCGGCGUCUUCUCAACCAGGUGAGGGCCCUGGACAGGUUUCAGGUGCCUACCACAGAGGUGAAUGCCUGGCUGGUCCAUCGAGAUCCUGAGGGCUCAGUGUCUAGCAGUCAAUCCAGUUCAGGCCUUGCUCUGGAGAAUGCCAGUGGCCUCCAGGAUGUGACAGGUUCGGAAAGUGGUGUACGGGAGAGUGAAGCUGAGCAGGGAUUCGGGGAAGAGUUGGAAGAUCUUGGGGCCGUUGCUCCUUCAGUCAGCGGAGAGUUAACCAAAGAGGACAUUGAUCUGAUUGACAUCCUUUGGCGACAGGACAUUGAUCUGGGCGCCGGGAGAGAGAUAUUUGAUUAUAGCCAUCGCCAGAAAGAAAGUGAAGUGGACAAGGAGCUGAGAGAUGGGGGGGAAUGUGGGGACAGCUGGCCAGACGAGGGGACUGAGGCCCUGGCUCAAAACCUGCUAGUGGAUGGAGAGACAGGGGAAAGCUUCCCUGCACAGUUUCCAGCUGCAGAUGUUUCCAGUAUAACAGAAGCCGUGCCUAGUGAGAGUGAGUCCUCUGCUAUUCAGAACAAUCUCCUGUCCCCACUUCUGACGGAGACAGAAUCUCCAUUUGAUCUGGAACAGCAGUGGCAAGACCUCAUGUCAAUCAUGGAAAUGCAGGCUAUGGAAGUGAACACAGCAACAAAUGAAAUCCUCUACAGUGCCACAACUGGAGACUCACUGAGCACCAAUUACAGCCUCGCUCCCAGCACUCCCAUCAACCAGAAUGUCAGCCUGCAUCAGGCGUCCCUGGGGAGCUGCACCCAGGACUUCUCACUCUUCAGCCCAGAGAUUGAGAGCCUUCCUGUGGCCGGUGGAUCCACACUGCUCCAGUUGGCCCCCAAUAACUCUACCAGCCUCAACUCCACCUUCGGUUCCACCAACCUGACAGGGAUCUUUUUUCCUCCUCAGCUCAACAGCACAGCCAAUGAGACAGCCAGCCCUGAGCUGCCUGACCCUUUGGGUGGCCUGUUGGAUGAAGCCAUGUUGGAUGAGAUCAGCUUGAUGGACUUGGCCAUUGAGGAAGGUUUUAACCCUGUGCAGGCCUCUCAGCUCGAGGAGGAGUUUGACUCUGACUCGGGACUUUCCCUGGACUCGAGCCAUAGCCCUGCCUCUCUGAGCAGCUCAGAAGGCAGCUCUUCUGCCUCAUCCUCUGCCUCGUCUUCUGCCUCUUCCUCCUUUUCAGAGGAAGGUGCUGUGGGCUACAGCUCUGACUCUGAGAAUCUGGAUUUAGAAGAGACCGAGGGGGCUGUGGGUUACCAACCCGAAUACACCAAGUUCUGUCGCAUGAGCUAUCAGGACCCGUCCCAACUCUCCUACUUACCCUUCCUGGAGCACGUGGGGCACAACCAUACCUACAACAUGGCCCCUAGUGCCCUGGAUGCUUCAGACUCCCAGCUCCCCGGGGCCCUCAAGAAGGGCAGUAGAGAGAAGCAGGCCGAUUUCUUGGACAAGCAGAUGAGCCGGGACGAGCACCGGGCCCGGGCCAUGAAGAUCCCCUUCACGAAUGACAAAAUCAUUAACCUGCCAGUGGAGGAGUUCAACGAACUGCUGUCCAAGUACCAGCUGAGCGAGGCCCAGUUGAGUCUCAUCCGCGACAUCAGGCGCCGAGGCAAAAACAAGAUGGCAGCUCAGAAUUGUCGCAAACGGAAACUGGACACCAUCCUUAACCUGGAGCGCGAUGUGGAGGACCUGCAGCGCGACAAGUCCAAGCUGCUCAGGGAAAAAGUGGAGUUCCUCAAGUCCCUGCGCCAGAUGAAGCAGAAGGUGCAGAGUCUGUACCAGGAGGUGUUUGGGCGGCUGCGGGAUGAAAAUGGGCAGCCCUACUCCCCCACGCAGUAUGCCCUGCAGUAUGCUGGCGACGGCAGUGUCAUCUUAAUACCCCGCACGCUGGCCGACCAGCAGGCCAGGCGCCAGGAAAGGAAGCAGAAAGAUAGGAGGAAGUGAGCCUGCCUGGAGAGGAGGGGGACAAAGCUCACUCGGAUAAGGACUGGAGAAAGGCUGUGCCUGGAAGUGCUGGAGGAACUUUGAUGCCUCUUAUCCAAUCUAUCUUCUCAGACAUGACAACUGCCGGUCAGUGUACAGGAAGAUGGGCGUGCCCUGCACCGUUUGGCUCUGCUCGCCCUGGCCCUUCCCCCUCCUCCAUCUCCACAAGUGGGGCUUGGGGGGGGGAGAGAGAGAGAGAGAGGCCCACCCACCCACACCCAUUUUUUUUGGAGGGCAGGGAUGGAGCUGGCAUUGCUGGGGGUGGGAAGAAGCUGAAAGGUGAGUGCCGUUGUGGGUGAUAAAGGAAGAGCCUUGUGAAAGAAGGGGUAAAGGAAAGAGUCUGACUUUUGGAUAAAGGAAAAACACCCAAAAAAAUCAAAGCGGGAAGAAAACCAUGGGGGAGCCCAAGCUGGCAUUCCAGGCUGUGGGUUUUUGUGACUGAGUCUUGGUCUUCUGUGUGAGUAAACCCCACUUCAGCCCAGAUCGGGGUGACUGUCACUUUACAGAGUGGGUGGGGGGAGGGGGCCCCUCUUAGCUCUCUAAAAUUCCAUGUACAUCAGCAUUCUGGGAGGGGUGCUCAUAGAGACUCCCUCACCUCCUGAUUCUUUUUUUGUUUAUUGAGACCCUAUGCUAAAUACCUUAGGAGGGUUUUAGGGUCAAAGGGAAGAGUGAGCAGGGCAAAGGGUGGAAAGAGCCAUUAGGCCACAUAUUUGCCCCACCCACCAAGCAUGUGGCACUCACUGCCCCCCACCCCUUCACUCCUCCCCAGCCAGCUCCAGUACUGCACCAUUCCCACUGCAGCCUGCAUGUGAAUGCUGUACUCCUCCCAUCCCCACUCCCCACUGGCUGAAGCACUUUGAUGUUUAAGAGGUUCCUGGGGGAACUCCUGGGUCCUCGAGGUGGCUCCUUCCUCUUACCCUUGGGGAGAGGAGAGGCCCCCAGAUGUCACCUUAGGGAGAGAAAGGAGAAGCCUCUGGCAGUCUCCAAUCAGUAUUCAGCACAAAGUUGGGGAGCAGCCCAUUUCUCCCACCCUUCUUCCCUCCUUCUCUCCCUACAACUGGGCUUGUCACUGAAAAACUAGGCCUCUGUUAGGAUUUCUCAGAAUUUCUUUCUUGCGCUUUGAUUUUUUAGGGCUUGAGCCCUGUUUUUACUUAUAGGGUCUAGAGUGUUUGUGUUGAGUAAAAGGGAGAUGCCCCAAAUAUUCAAAGCUGCUAGAUGUUCUCUUUGCCAUAAAGACUCCGUGUGACUGUGUGAACACUUGGGAUUUUUCUCCUCUGGCCUGAGGUCAGUCUUGUCUUUUUUGGAUUUCUUUCUGGAGGAAUGUGUAGUGAGUAUGAUGGGGGCCUAGGACACCAUCCCACUUCAGGGCAGGGACAACUUUUUCUAGUUCUAGCUCAGCAAGGGCAACAUGGGACCUGGGAAAGGCAGGAAGGGGAGACAUCCAUGUGUGGCUGAUGCUGAGGGUCCCAUCAGUGCCCCCGAGGCACCCGUGUUUUUGUUUUUGUCUUGAAUUUAGUUUGCAGCUACUACCACCCCUGGCUGGGUUCUCAUAAGCACUUUCAGCUUCUGAACCGGUGGGAGACUGUGGGGGAUGGUGUGGAAGCACUGAUAUUUUUUUCCCCCUCCAUCAGGAGGUCCCGAUAAGCAGCAGGAACAGAAAGGAGUAAGCUUGGGAAAUGCUUAAAUUAUUUUCUUCUUAGAUUUUAUUUUUAAUUUAUCUCUGUGACCUGCCAGGGAGAGAGGAGAGAGAAAGAGAGAUGCUGUGAGCACAUGACAAAAUAAAAUAAACUAUAAUAAAAUGGCUGAUUCACUCAAGUGCAA